AUGGCACAAAACCUCGACUCGAGUCUACCGAAUGGGGCUGUAUUCAACAGUCAAAAAGUUCAGGGCUAUCAUUAUCCUCAACAAGGACCAGGUGCCACCACACCACCCCAAGGCCUCUACCCCCCAAAGCAAGAACCAGGGUGUGGACUAAGUCCCGCCGGGAGUAGCCAGCAAGAAUACCCUGGUCUAUUCAAUGAGCAACGAGUACCACAAAACCAAUUUCCUGCUGGGCCAGGAUAUGGUAUACCUUCGGGCAUACCAGGAAAUCUUCCAUAUCCUCAGCAACAACCAUACGCACCGGUAGGUGAGAAUGCCUCGUAUUACGGGACUGCGCCUCUAGACCAGUAUGGAAACGCUAUCGGCCCUGCUGGUCCACAAGACGAGAAAGGCCUUGGCUCAAGUGUCGUCGGCGGUGCUGCUGGUGGCUAUGCCGGCCAUCACUUGGGAGGCGGAUUCCUAGGGAGUACAGCUGGAGCAGUUCUGGGAGCAAUUGGCAUGAACGCCGCAACACAUCAAGUGUAA